CUGAUGAGGAUGCUGCAGAUGCUGGUGUUGCCCCUGAUCAUCUCCAGCCUUGUCACAGGUACCGUAGGCAGUGUUAGAAGUGUGCUCCAAGAUUGCUUAGAAGAACGCCUUCCUUGGGUUUCUGCUGGAUGCAUGCUCUGUUCUAGAAAGAAAGAAAAAAAAAAGUCCCUUUAAAAUGCAUGAGUGAUAAUAACUUGUAUUUUACCGAUCACAAGAGGAAACAGAUUUAAACAAGCACGUAACCUGGCCUGCCUCGCUACGCAGGAGGUGCCCCGCUAAGCAGACACCACACCACCAGCCUUCUCUUACCGUAGCGAUGCAGUUGACGACCGCAUACAACAGGUCUGUUUUCUCACCCUCUUAUCCCACCCAGAUAACAUCUGGUUGGACAGCCUAUUAGCUAUUGAUGCGAGAAUGCUUGUUCUCAGAGCCACCAGGACUUGAGCGGGACCUUCUUGGAAGCCUCAUCAAGAGGAAUGGCGGCCCUGGACAGGAAGGCCUCAGGGAAGAUGGGAAUGCGAGCGGUCGUCUACUACAUGACCACGACCAUCAUUGCCGUGGUCAUCGGCAUAAUCAUUGUCAUCAUCAUCCAUCCUGGGAAGGGCACAAAGGAAAACAUGCACAGAGAAGGCAAAAUUAUACAAGUGACAGCUGCAGAUGCCUUCCUGGACUUGAUCAGGAAUAUGUUCCCUCCAAAUUUGGUGGAAGCGUGCUUUAAACAGUUUAAAACCAGCUAUGAGAAGAGAAGCUUUAAAGUGCCUGUCCAGUCCAAUGAAACACUCGUGGGUGCGGUGAUAAACAACGUGUCGGAGGCCAUGGAGACGCUUUCAAAGAUCACAGAGGAGAUGAUCCCAGUUCCCGGGUCUGUGAAUGGGGUCAACGCCCUGGGACUGGUCGUCUUCUCUAUGUGCUUUGGUUUUGUGAUUGGAAACAUGAAGGAGCAGGGACAAGCCCUGAGAGACUUCUUUGACUCUCUUAACGAAGCCAUCAUGAGAUUGGUAGCAGUGAUAAUGUGGUACGCCCCCCUGGGAAUCCUCUUCCUGAUCGCGGGGAAGAUUGUUGAGAUGGAGGACAUGGGGGUGAUCGGGGGCCAGCUCGCCAUGUACACCGUGACGGUCAUCAUCGGCCUGCUCAUCCACGCGGUCAUCGUCCUGCCACUCCUCUACUUCUUGGUGACGCGGAAAAACCCGUGGGUGUUCAUAGGGGGGCUGCUGCAGGCGCUCAUCACGGCCCUGGGCACCUCCUCCAGCUCUGCCACCCUGCCCAUCACCUUCAAGUGCCUGGAGGAGAACAACGGCGUGGACAAACGGGUCACCAGAUUCGUGCUCCCGGUGGGCGCCACCAUUAACAUGGACGGGACCGCCCUCUACGAGGCUCUGGCUGCCAUUUUCAUCGCUCAAGUGAACAACUUUGAGCUGAACUUUGGACAGAUUAUUACAAUCAGCAUCACAGCCACGGCUGCCAGCAUUGGGGCCGCUGGGAUUCCGCAGGCCGGCCUGGUCACCAUGGUCAUCGUGCUGACAUCCGUGGGCCUGCCCACGGACGACAUCACUCUCAUCAUCGCCGUGGACUGGUUCCUGGACCGCCUGCGCACCACCACCAACGUGCUGGGAGACUCGCUGGGCGCCGGCAUCGUCGAGCACCUGUCUCGACACGAGCUGAAGAACCAGGACGCCGAGAUGGGCAACUCAGUGAUCGAAGAGAAUGAAAUGAAGAAGCCCUAUCAGCUGAUUGCCCAGGAAAGCGACACCGAGAAACCCGCUGACAGCGAAACCAAGAUGUAGACGAACCGAAGGACGUGCUUUCGUGAGCACCGGGUGUUUGAAAACUAUGACAAAGUGUUUCCAUCUCGUGUCAGCGUGUUCUCUCCAGCGAGCCCCUUACCUCCCUUUUCCUCCUGGCUCUGGUGGGAUUUGGAAGCAUGCGUCCAAAAACAAGGGGGGGUUUUGCGGCGGCCAAAACGUAUAGUUUUCAUCCCACAUUGGAAAGUUUCAAGUCAUUUCGUCUUAGUCUUAUCUAAUAAGGUACUGAGAUCAAAAAUAGUCUUGAUCCGAUCUUGCAAGUUUAUGUGACACACAAUCCUGUAAAUGUGAUUUUUUAUAAGUUAGAGUCAAACAAAUAGUAGGCGAAAAACAUGCUUUUAAAUCAACUGUCAAAAAAAAAAAAAUCCUUCAGAACAUGCUUCAGUUUUAGUAUCAAAACAAAGCAACUUGAUAAACUGCACUCGGUUUUCAGUUGGACAGGAGGGUUUUCCCCCCUUUCUGUUCUGAUUUGUGCUCUUGCUUUAUUAGUAGCAGGACCGUAUGAAUCCACACCUUGCACAGCUGUGAGGAGGUGCAUCAAGUGAAAUUCCCAUGUGGCCACGGGCAAGUUACAUCUUAUCCCGAGGCCUCAGUGUCCUCAUCUGUAAAAUGGGCGCGUUCCCUAACUGCCUUUGUGGUCUCUCGUAGCCCAGAUAUCCUGUGGCAUCGUGAGAGAGCCUGUUCUCUCUGUCCCCUGGGAACGUCCUGCAGCAAGUAUCAUCCCGUGGACGUUUAUUUGGAAUGAACACUCCUAAGCAGGGACAGGAUGGUGGUGUGGUUUGCCAGGUCCUGUGUCCAAAAUAUCAGUUGUACAGGUGACCAGGUCAGAGGCCAUUCUAGGAGUUGAAUUAUUAAUGAUCUCUUCACUCAGUUCUUCCCAACAGGGGAAGUUUUCCCUUCUUUCUACCCUUCCCUGGACUGCUCUGGGAAGGAUGUCUCCCACCACUCCUCAACUGACGAUAGACUUUUAGAAACUAAAAUGUAAGGCUAGCAACUAGCAAGGGUGCUCAUGGUCUUACUGUGGAACACUAAAGAGACAGCCAGGAAAGAAUGAAGCACGGUUGACGUGAUAGAGGAUUUUAAAACACCGAGGUUAUAUAUAGGUCAUCUUUAAGGAAGAAUUUUUUAAUAAAAGAGGUUUAUUUUUUUUAAAACAAGAAGCACUUUUACUCUUCAGUUCAAAAACAUUCCCCAAGGAAGUCCGCACAUCAAAAUAUAAGGUUACUUCUUAUAUAUUUUAAACAAGUCAAAUGAGUGAGCUCUCUCUCCAAUAGAGGCCUGUGAGCUGGGUGGGUGGUCUCUUAUUUGAAACGGUUUUUGACUAUAAUCAAAAGUUCUUAAAAGGAGGGAAACAAGGUAUUUCUUUGUGUUGGAAUUCCACUUACCCAAAUCAUUCGAAACCUUCAGCUGGAGUGGGGUUUGGUUUUGUUUUGUUUGUGUCCCUGAGAGAAAUGGUAGGAUAUGAAUCAGUGUGAAGACAUUGUCAAUGCGGUUCCAAGAAGAAAACAGCAGGGUCAUUGGCUUCGGGCAAUGCAGCUUCCAGGCUGAGAGAUUAAAAUUUUACCCCCACGGAUAUCCAGUCGAAGACACGGAGCCGGAGCUGUCAGACAAUACCUGCUGUGUUUGAAAAUGGGGAAGGAUGGGCUUAAUUAUGCUAACAGACUGAAAAUCUAGACAUACAUCCCCCGAUACGCAAUUAGAGAUAUUUUUAUAUAGACCCCGAGCAUUAUGUGUGUACGAAAGUUAACAUUAGGCUGUGGAGUAACCUUUUAAUGUCAAGGCUCUAUUUGGGAAACACACGUUCAUGGAUGUCAUCGUAUGACGCCAGUAGAGCAAAAAUUAAUCACGUCAAAUUAAUUGUGACGCAGCGUGAUCUUUUUCUGCACUAACCAUCUCACGGAAAGCAGGCCCCCGAGGACCCUCCGCCAGCCCGCCCCGGCUCUGCAUGUGCAGCCAGCGGACUGAGAAGCGUUACCUUGUAGAUGUCUUUCCAAUAAAGAAAAACAUAGUUUUACAUUAUA